AUGGUCAGGCUACAGGCAGAGCCGGCCGCUGCUGGGUUGAGCAUAUUCUGCAUGCAGGGUCUGCACAACCUGCCCCGGGUCACUGGGCAUUUGAGACGCUGCCUGUUGAAACAUGGUGUUACCCUGUGGCUGGUUUUGCCUGUAACAGGCAAAGAAAUGACAGCCAGUCAGCAGGCAGGAGGGAGGGGCAAAGCCUAUUUAAUAAGUUUUGCAAGGGGCUGCAGCCUGUCCUUGCCUGCGGUGGCUGGGAGGGGACUGUGCACGGCCACCUACCUGGAGCUGCCCACCCGCGUGAGAAUGCUCAUCGUGGGACUGGGGACCUGGCAGUCUCUCCAAGGAACAGCAAGAGAUGCAGUGAAGUUUACCAUCGGCGUUGGGUACCGCCUUUGUACCUUCCUGUACCAGAACGAGAGUGAGAUCGGGGAUGCACUACGAGAAAAAAUUGAGGAGGGGAUUGUGAGGCGAGAAGACCUCUUUAUUGCCAGUAAGCUGUGGUCCGCCUUCCGCGAGAGAUCCCUGGUGAAGGAGGCAUGCCAGAAAACACUUGCUGCCCUCCAACUGGAUUAUUUGGAUCUCUACCUGAUGCACUGGCCCAUGGGAUUCAAGGCAGGGGAGGAGCUAUUUCCUGCAGAUGGAAAUGGCAUGAUCAUUCCCAGCAAUACAGAUUUUCUGGAUACAUGUGAGGCUAUGGAAGAGCUGGUGGAUAUGGGACUGGUGAAAGCCAUUGGAGUCUCCAACUUCAACUGCAAACAGUUAGAUCAGCCCCUGAGCAAACCAGGCUCAAGACACAAACCUGCAAAUAAUCAGAUUGAGAGCCACCCCUACCUUCCUCAGGAAGAGCUGAUGAAGUUUUGCCAAUCCAAAGGGAUCUCUGCCACUGCAUAUUGUCCCCUUGGAGUGCCCAACUGGCCGUGGUCCAAGCCUGAAGAUAUUUCCUUUUUUGAUGAUCCCCAAAUGAAGGAAAUAGCACUCAAGUACAACAAAAUCCCAGAUCAGGUGCUUAUCCGGCUCCACGUUCAAAGAAAUGUGAGUGUAAUUCCCAAAUCUGUCACUCCACACCAUAUUGAGGAAAAUUUUAAGCUGUUUGGGACCUUUAUUCAAGUGUUUGACUUUGAAUUGGCUAAAGAGGAGAUGGAAGCCCUCCUUGCUUUCAAGAAGCAGUAUCGUAUCUGUGCAUUAAGCGAAUGCAAAAAUCACAAGGACUAUCCUUUUUUGGAAGACUAA